GAGGGGCUCCGGUGCUGCGGAGGGGGGAGGAGAGGGAGAAAGCGAAAGAGCAAGGGAGAAGAGGAGAGAUGGCUGCGGGAGAAAUCACUACUCUCCCGGCCUCUCCCGACGACGGGGCCAGCGGAGGAUUUCCCACGGCCAACUUCAAGGAACCCAAACGAUUGUACUGCAAAAACGGAGGAUACUUUCUGCGCAUAAACUCGGACGGCAGGGUGGACGGCAUCCGGGAGAAAAGGGACCCACACAUUCGUCUGCAGCUUCAGGCGACGGCUGUUGGUGAAGUGUUGAUCAAGGGAACCUGUGCCAACCGUUAUCUGGCCAUGAGCGCUGAUGGACGACUGUUUGGGACGAGAAGAGUCACGGAUGAAUGUUAUUUCUUUGAACGUCUGGAGUCCAAUAACUACAACACCUACAGAUCCCGGAAAUACCCCGACUGGUACGUGGCUCUGAAGAGAACAGGCCAGUAUAAAUCAGGUUCUAAGACCAGUCUGGGCCAGAAGGCUGUUCUGUUCCUCCCUAUGUCUGCCAAAUGUUGAUCAAGAGAUGCUCGGCUGACCCUCCCUCCCAACCACAGAUCCACUGACGCACACACAAACGCACCAGAAACUCAAUGAGCUCUUUGGAAACCCAACAGAAGAGGUUAAAGGUCAUGGCUGCACAACUUCAUUCGGAGGUUUAUUUGAGAUCUCGACACAAAAUGAGUCAACAGAAC